AUGGCGGACGACGACCUAGCACAGAUCAGGGCGGCGCGUCUUGCGCAACUCAAGCAACAGCAAGGUAGAGGAGGGUCAGGCGACAAUGGCGACAGUGAAGAGCAGAAAAGAAAACAAGAGUCGGAAGCCCGGUCCCUCAUGCUGUCCCAAAUCCUAGAGCCUGAAGCUGCGGACCGACUGGGGAGAAUACGCAUGGUCAAAGAGUCACGCGCCACAGAUGUCGAGAACAGGCUGAUCAUGCUCGCACGGUCAGGUCAACUACGACAGAAAGUCACCGAAGAUCAACUGAAGGACAUGCUCACCAGUCUUUCCGAGCAUGAGAAGCAGACGGGCCAUACCAUGGAGAGCGUCAAGGUCGUUAGGAGAGGCGGAUGGGACGAUGAUGACUUGGACGAUCUGUUGAAAGAGGUGUGA